GUAUCUAGUAAACACCCAGCUGGCUGAUAUGGUUGAAGUGUCUGGCAGGAAUGCUGUACCAACUUUUAGGGAAGAGUUUGCUUGCGCAAAUUUUCUACUUUCGCAUCCAGAUCACAGAGUGUUCGUGCGAUCAUCGUGCCCGUCGACAGUCCGUAGAUGCGCCUUUCUUUUUUACCGGAUCGCAGUGGCUCUGUUCUGCUUUGCUUACGUAAUUCGGUCUGGUUUCUACGCAAACGACGAUGGCGAUGUGGGCGAUCCAAGGUGGUUCAUCUAUCUCACGGAUUGGGGGUUUGCAUUCUUGACUGCUUACUUGUUGUGGGCGGCUUGCGUACUUAUUUACCACGCGGUGAAUGGCGAUCUGGUAGAAGAUGAAGAGGAAAAGGCGAAGAAAGAUGCUCCACUUCUAUGGUUUCAUCGCGUUGAAUGGCUAUUGUUCAAUUUGGGUGUCACCAUCUCCUUUUUGGUGUCAAUUCUUUAUUGGUGUCUGCUGUUUCCUGGAAAAGAUGACGUUGAUUCAUCUAAGAAUGAGACGAGAACUGACGUUUCUACAGAAAUUGAUGUUGUCAUGCACACUGUCAACUCUAUUAUCAGUCUUGCUGACGUUUUCCUCUCUGGCAUUCCUGUUAGGAUUCUCCAUGCCAUAUAUCCAAUGAUCAGUGGAUUGAUUUAUGCCGUUUUUACAGUCAUCUACUGGGCAGCUGAUGGGACCAAUUCUUAUAAUGGUGAACCAUACAUCUACCCUGUUAUUGACUAUGGUGGGAAGCCUAUUGUAGCAUCCUUGACUGUUACAAUGAGUGUGUUUGUAGCUGUACCACUCGCUCAUCUGUUGGUGUAUGGUUGUUACAGAUUGAGAGAAAAAGUUGGAAGGUUGUACUGUAUUAAAGAAGUCAAGGGCAAAAAAGACUGCCAGUCUCAAGAGGAGACAUGCAUCAUGGAGACCAUGUGAUUUGCAUCACAUUGAAAAUGAUGUUUGUAGCUAAGGAGGUAUAUAUGUUUUUAAGCACUGAAACGCUGACAAUUAUGAUAUGAAUUGUGUUGGUAUUUAGUUUAAGAAUUAUAGCAUACAUUAUUUGGCUUCAACUUCAAUGUUUGUAUUGCUUAUAUAGUGACAGUAGGUUGUUGCUAGACUGCUGUUAGAUGUCCACUUUUAUAUGGCAAUUUUUGCAGGUCUGUUUGUCCAUCAAUCUUUUUGGUAUGCAUAGUCACUGUUUGAUUUA